UCUCCUUUGAGGAGGUGGUUGUGUGCUUCACAGAGGAGGAGUGGGCUCUGCUGGAUCCAUGCCAACGGGCUCUGCACAGGGAAAUCAUGGUGGAGAAUUAUGGGACUGUGGCUUCUCUAGGUGAUGGCUGUGAGAACAAGAUGAAAAGCGAAUUGCCCGGAAGGUCAGGGGGAAGUGCCUGUAGUCAGGAGGGGGAAGAGAAGAGCAUGAAGGUGGAAACAGGAAAGCAGAACACAUCCCCCACUCCGCAGAGUGGUGAUACCUGUGAAAUUUUAGUUCAAGACAAAGUUGAGAACGAAGAGGACAGGAGUGAGUGCCUUCUAUGUGGUGAACGCUUCAGCUGUAAAGUGGGCCUUCGUGCUCACUGGAGAAUCCAUACAGAGGAAAAGCUGUUCAAAUGCUCAGAGUGUGGGAAGAGUUUCAGUCGAAGAGAAAAACUGAUCAGGCAUCAAGGGAUCCACACAGGAGAAAAGCCUUAUGCUUGCCUGGAGUGUGGGAAGAGCUUCAGCCGGAGAGAUAAACUUAUCAGGCAUCAAGGGAUCCACACAGGAGAGAAGCCAUACAAAUGCUUACAGUGUGGGAAGAGUUUCAGAGACAGAACAGAUCUCACAUCCCACCUGAGAAUCCACACGGGGGACAAGCCAUAUAAAUGCCCAGAGUGUGGAAAGAGUUUCAGCCAGAGGUCAUACCUCGCCUCCCAUCGAACAAUCCACUCUGGGGAGAAACCAUACAAAUGCUUGGAGUGUGGGAAAAGCUUCCUUUGGAACCACAAGCUUCUAUCCCACCAAAGAAUCCACACAGGGGAGAAACCGUAUCAGUGCUCCAUCUGUGGGAUGCGUUUCAGCCAGAAAGUGUAUAUUACUGCCCACGAAAUAAUGCAUACAGGGAAGAAUCCCUAUGAAUGCUUCGAGUGUGGCAAGAUCUUCACCCGCAGCACAACUCUAACGACGCAUCAGAGAAUCCACACUGGCGAGAAGCCCUUUAAAUGCUCUGAAUGUGGAAAGGGUUUUCGCUACAGACUGGUGAGGCAUCAAAGAACACACACAGAAGAGAGACCAUAUACAUGUUUACAGUGUGGGAAGAGCUUCAGAGACAAUGCAGGUCUAAAUUUACAUCAAAGAAUCCAUACAGGGGAGAAACCAUAUAAAUGCUCCGAGUGUGGAAAGUGCUUCAUUCAGAAGACACAACUUACAGCCCACCAAACUGUCCACACAGGGGAGACACCACAUAAGUGUAGUGAGUGCGGGAAAAGCUUCACUCAGUUUAAGAACCUAAUUUCACAUCAAAGAAUCCAUUCAGGGGAGAAACCAUACAACUGUUCAGAGUGUGGAAAGAGCUUCAAACGAAAGGCACACCUUAUGUCCCAUCAAGCUGUCCACACAGGUAUGAAACCAUAUAAAUGUUCAGAGUGCGGAAAGUGCUUCAUUCAGAAGUCACGCCUUAUUUCCCAUCAAAGAAUUCACACAGGAGAGAAACUCCAUAAAUGCCUUGAGUGUGGAAAGGGCUUUACUCAGAUGGCAAACUUGAUUUCACAUCAAAGAAUUCACACUGGGGAAAAGCCAUUCAAAUGCUCAGAGUGUGGGAAGACCUUCCGUCAGAGGAAUAAACUUACCACACAUCAGCGAAUCCACACAGGGGAGAAACCAUAUCUGUGUACGCUGUGUGGAAAGAGCUUCAGUUGCAACACACACCUUACACUGCAUAAAAGAAUCCACACAGGGGAGAAACCAUAUAAAUGCUUGCAGUGUGGCAAGAGCUUCAGUGUUCGUUCGAACCUCAGAAGACAUCAAAGAAUCCACACAGGGGAGAAACCAUAUGAAUGCGCCGAGUGCGGAAGGUGCUUUGUUAAUAAUGCAGACCUCACAAGACACCAAAGGAUCCACACAGGAGAGAGACCUUUUAAAUGCGCGGAGUGUGGAAAGAGGUUCAAUCAGAGGGAUGAACUUACCAUACAUCAAAGAAUCCACACAGGGGAGAAGCCUUUCAAUUGUUCAGUGUGCGGAAAGAGGUUCCGUGGGAAGAGUUCGCUUUCAAAACAUCAACAAAUUCACACUGGGGAGAAACCCUUUGAAUGCUCCGAGUGUGGAAAGCGCUUUCUUAAUAACAGAGGUCUUACAAGGCAUCAAAGAAGCCACACCGGAGAGAAGCCUUUUACGUGUCCGGAGUGUAACAGGAGCUUUUCUGAAAACUCCACCUUAAAGAAACACCUGAGAAUUCAUACAGGGGACAAACCUUUUACAUGUUCAAAAUGUAGCAAAAGCUUUGCUGAAAACUCAGUCUUAAACAAACAUAUGAGAAUUCAUACAGCGGAAAAGUCAUAUCAGUGUUUGUUUGUAAAGGAGAUUUGCUUUCACCCUGCUUUGCUGGGAAGGAAAGGUUCUCAUGAGAUCCUCCAGGGAACUACACUUCCCAGGAGGCCGUGCGAGAAGCAGCCAGGCCAAGCCCCCGUUUCUUCCUCGAGAGGAGGCAGGCGGGGAGACAUGGAGCUCAACGGGGCCUCUCCUCUCCCGCGGCUUCCUCGGAUGGAGGGAGACUUCGGCUUUGGCCCGUCUGCGGGAAAGACCUCCGCAGUGUCCUUUGAGGAGGUGGCCGUGUUCUUCACGGAGGAGGAGUGGGAUCUGCUUAGUCCAGGCCAAAGACAACUCUACUGGGAAGUGAUGCAGGACAAUUACGAGACCGUGGCCUCUCUGGAUGUGAAGGACAUGGUGAUUGAGAAGGAACCAGAAAGGGUGAUUGGAGAAAGAGAUGAAGAUCUGCAGGUAGCAGUGAAAUCUGGGGUUCAAGUGGUAUUCAAGAAGGAGCGGAGAAGCGAAACAAAAGCAAAACAGAAGCAGAGGAAGGAAUUGGUUGCCCAUCAGAGCCGGAAGAUGCCUACGGUUGCAGCCCAAGAGGAAAUACAGAAGAUAAAGAGAAGGCUUACAGGUGCAGUGAUUGUGAAAGGAUUGAGCUACACACUCAGAGUUAAAAAAUAUCAGAACAUUACGAUAUGCUGGAAAAGAUAUAAAUAUUUGGAGUGUGGAAAGACCUUUCAGAAUAGCAAGCUAGCAAAACAACAGAGGAUACCCAUGGGGGAGAAGCCAUAUAAAUGCUUGGAAUGUGGGAAGAGCUUCUCUCAAAAUGGUGGCCUAACUAGUCAUCAAAAGGUUCACACAGGGGAGAAGCCAUAUAAAUGCUUGAAGUGUGGGAAGAGCUUCUCUCUGAACGGCAACCUAAAAAGACAUAGCAAGAUUCACACAGGGGAGAAGCCAUAUAAAUGCUUGGAGUGUUGGAAGAGCUUCUCUCAGAAUGGCCACCUAACUAGUCAUCAAAAGGUUCACACAGGGGAGAAGCCAUAUAAAUGCUUGGAGUGUGGGAAGAGCUUCUCUCUGAACAGCUGCCUAACUAGACAUCAAAAGGUUCACACAGGGGAGAAGCCAUAUAAAUGCUUGGAGUGUGGAAUUAGCUUCUUUCUGAAUAGCAAGCUAGCUAAACAUCAGAGGAUGCACACAGGGCACAAGCUGUAUAAAUGCUUGGAAUGUGGGAAGAGCUUCUCUCAGAAUGGCAACCUAACUAGACAUCAAAAGGUUCACACGGGGGAGAAGCCAUAUAAAUGCUUGGAAUGUGGGAAAAGCUUCUCUGAAAAUGGCACCCUAACUAAACAUCACAGGAUUCACACAGGAGAGAAGCCAUAUAAAUGUUUGGAGUGUGGGAAGUGUUUCUCUCAGCGUGGUAACCUAAUCACCCAUGAAAAGUUUCACAUGGAGGAGAAGCCAUAUAAAUGCUUGGAGUGUGGGAAGAGCUUCUGUCUGAACAACCGCCUAAAAAUACAUCGCAAGAUUCACACAGGAGAGAAGCCAUAUAAAUGCUUGGAGUGUGGGAAGAGCUUUUCUCAGAAUGGCCACCUAAGUAGACAUCAAAAGGUUCACACAGGGGAGAAGCCAUAUAAAUGCUUGGACUGUGGGAAAAGCUUCUCUGAUAACGGCACCCUAACUAAACAUCACAGGAGUCACACAGGACUGAAGCCAUAUAAAUGCUUGGAGUGUGGGAAGAGCUUCUCUCUGAACAGCAGCCUAAAAAGACACUACAACGUUCACACAGGGGAGAAGCCAUAUAAAUACUUACAUUGUGGGAAGAGCUUCUCUCUUAAUAGCCUCUCCACCUAACUCUACAUCAAAAGGCUCACACAGUAGAGAAACCAUAUAAAUGCUUGAAACGUGGAAUUGACCAAGAAGAGAAGCACCCCUCGGGUAAAAGUCAAGGCAAAGAUGAAGAGUGGAGAACCACCAGCUGAGAGGAGAAAAAUACACAAUGAAUAUAGAAAUAUAUUUUUAUAUCUAAUAAAGAGCAAUAGUGAUAAGGUGCUUGCAGAUAAUUGCAUCUGAUGAAGAGAGCUGUGGUUCUCAAAAGCUUAUGCUACAAUAAAGUUGGUUAGUCUUAAAGGUGCUACUGGACUCUUUAUUAUUUUGCUACUACAGACUAACACGGCUAACUCCUCUGGAUCUAUGCAGAUAACGUGGAUACAAUAAAGACAAUAAAUAAAUUACUUUUAAUAAAUACAGUCAAAGUCCAAAUCACAACCCAGAUAAUGUAAGAAUGUCCAAAAAGUCCCAAGUUGCUCAUAUGCUUGUGUUAUUUUUUCUUCUUUUCUUUUUGCAUUUAUUGUAUUUAUUGUAUCUACAUUACCUGCAAGCACUUUAUCACUAUUGCACUUUAUUAGAUAUAAAAAUAUUUUUCUAUAUUCACUGUGUAUUUUUCUCCUCUCGGCUGGUGGUUCUCUAUCUUUGCCUGAAAUGUGGAAUUAGCUUCUUUCUGAAUGGUUCACUAAUUAGACAUUAAAAGGUUCUCGCAGGGAGAAGCUAUAUAAAUGCUUAGAAUGUGGGAAAAUAUUUAGUGAGAGUCACAGCCUUAACUUACACCACAAGGUUCACACAGGAGAAUAGUCAUCCAAUCCAAGUUAGUGGGUGGGAAACAACUUAGUGUGUCUGACCUUGCUUAGUGUGUCAUGAUGUGAUUUAUGGUAGCUGCUCUGACAAGGAACGUUUUUAGGCCUAGUUUCUCUCUUGUUCUUCAUCUCACUUUUCUUUUUGUUAGCAUCAAAUAUAUGCAUGUGGGACUCCUCUUGUGCAAAAUAUACGUUUUUUUCCUGUAUUCUCUUAAAGCCCCUCAUGUUAAUGGAUCAUUCACCGAGGUAGUGAGAUUAAUUAAUGCCUCAUAUUACCUCUUACAAAAUGCUAGAAUUUACCAGUGGGAAGAACUUUUGAAAAGUUGUCAUAUUGUGGCUUAAAUUUCUAUCCUUCCCCUCAAAGGUCACUAACAGAUGUAACUUAUCAUCUUGAGUGUAUCUUAGGGCUACAGUAUCCUCUUCCUGGAAAUUUUAUAAAAAACUUACUAAUAAAUUUACUAAAAGUUAUCAGUAAUUUUAGUAAGCUUUCUUCUGUAGGAAUUUUGUUCAGAUCAGCCUUGCGAAGUUUUGCACAUUUAGGCAGACAGAGUCCUGGAUAUCCCUUCUUUCUCAUUUUUCAGUUAUAAUUUUUGUCAGUUUUAUUUUUAAGUGGUUUGCUAGUUUACAUUCUUAGUUUAGUUUACAGAAGAUUCUCCUCUGUAAAAAAUGAAUAGGUGUCUCCUGCUUGGACAAGACCACUCACAUCUUUGUCCCCUCAGUUGUGUUUGGCUGAUGGGAUUGGAGAGCAUGGAAUAUAUCAAAUGCAUUUGGUAGUUUUUCUUAGUGCCAUGGCAAGAUCCUCCCUUCUCUCAGUGCAGUUAAUGUGAUACAAGGCUCCUGCUGCCUAUAUCCUACUAUAUAAAAGAGUAAGCGUGUUCCAGACAACUCACUUCCUACCCUGGUGCGCCACCAGAGGGUGCUGCAGCAGAGGGAAGCCCAGGCAAGGCAGCCUGUCCCUCCAGAGACCGUGCAGUGGCGGGAAAUGCAGGCCCGGAUCAGGAGUGGAGCAGGUGGCAGUCCCCACCCCCUGCCUUAACCCAGCUGGGAUCAGGAGUGGAGCAGGUGGCAAUGCCUGCCCCCUGCCUUCACCUGGCUGGUAUCAAUCAUGGAGGAGGCAAUGCCCAUUUGCCCACUCUCCCCUUUCUAGAGCCCGUUGUAUUUUUUCCCAUGACAGGCUUUGUUUCUAGUUUUAUAAUAUUUUACCUGUUUCCAGUGCUGGGAAGGGUGAUGUAUUUCAGGUAUAAACCACCUUUAUGUAUUUUUAUCUAUACCCUCAAGCAGUUUCCAGUCUUUAAGCACCUCUCUCCAUCUCUGACCAAGAUGAUAAUUUUGCAUUGUAUAUCAGCAUUGUUACUCCUGCUGGCCCUUCUUUGUGACAUCCCUCCCACCUGAAUAGGAUGUGAUGGCUGAUGGGUCUUCAUUCUCAUUUGCAUCUGGCAAAGUGAGUUGUGAUUCACAGACCCUCCUACUCUGGAAAAUAUUGUCAUUUUUAAAGGUGCUACUCUAAUACCCACCAACAUGAUUACCCACCUGAAAAUAUUUGCAUAACCUUCAUAAGUUUAAUAGCUAUGUGAGAGUGUAAUGAGACAUCAGAGCUGUUCAUUCAAUCGGUUAUCGCUUUGUGACUGAAUCUGUGAAUAAACAGACCCAUCGAUAUGUAAUAUGAAACCACCAAGCUUGAUGGACCUACUAUGAAACCAAUAUACUUAUUGAU